UCCGACGUCAUCCCACCAAACACCUUCAGAUUCCAUCUAACCCCCGGCGCGCUUCGAUACUGAGAUACAGCAAUCCCGGCGGCAACCCGCAUGUGCCUAAUGUCCUUGUCCAUGCAUUGUUAACCUACCAAAGCCCUUCCCCCAAGAUAUCCGCUCAAAACUCCCGAUGCCCCCCAGGGUCUCCCUCGGCGCCUUUCUCGCCAACGCGAGAUCGGCCCUGACCGCGCCCGCCGCCCAACGAGCAAGCCCCUUGACCCUCGUCAUGGGCAACGAGUCCGCAGACCUCGAUUCACUCUGCUCCGCCGUCGUUUACGCCUACCUGCGCACCCACGCCCCGCCGCAUACGCUGCACAUCCCCAUCUCGAACCUCCCCCGCGAUGACCUCAAGCUGCGGCCCGAGAUGACCGCCGCCCUGGCCCACGCCCGGCUGCGGCCGAGCGACCUCCUCACCCUCGACGAGCUCCCCGCCGACCUCGCCGCCGAGGACACACGGUGGGUGCUCGUCGACCACAACGCCCUCACCGGCGACCUCGCGACCAAGUACGCUGGCAGCGUCGUCGGCUGCGUCGACCACCACGCCGAAGAGGACAAGGUCCCUCAGGACACAGGAGACGAGCCGCGCGUUGUGGAGAAGUGUGGCAGCUGCUCGAGCCUGGUCGUGGAGUACUGCCGCCCGGCCUGGGAGGAAGCCCUCGCCCGCCGGCCCGGGGACGGCGGGGAAGACGCGGACACGGACGCGGACGUGGAUGAGCACCUGGCCCGCCUCUCGCUGGCAGCCAUCCUCAUCGACACGACGAACCUCAAGUCCGCGGACAAGACCACCGACAGGGACGUCGCCGCCGUCUCGUUCCUCGAAGGGCUUACCCCAGCGCCGCCCUAUGCGCGAGACUCCCUGUUCGACGAGAUAUCCGCCGUUAAGGAGGACAUAUCCUUGCUCGGCUUCCGCGACGUGUUCCGCAAGGACUACAAGCAGUGGGAGGACCGCCGCCAGGUCAUGGGCAUCUCGGCCGUCGUGCGAAACCUCGAGUACCUCCUCCUCGACAAGGCCGGCGGCGACCAGGGCGCGCUGCUGGACGCGUUCAGGGGGUGGGCCGGGGAGAAGGGGCUAGACAUCGGGGUCGUCAUGACCACGGCGAACACCAACGGCCGCUUCGAGAGGGACCUGCUUCUGUGGGCGUUUAACGAGGGCGCCGUCGAGUCGUGCAAGGCCUUCUACGAGGGGUACAAGGAGGAGCUGGGCCUGGAAACGUGGGGCGGCGGCCGGUUGGACGAGGCGGCCGGGGGAGAGUGGAGGAUGGCCUGGAGACAGAGAAACCUGUCCUCCUCGCGCAAGCAGGUCGCGCCCAUGCUGCGCGAGGCCAUCAAGGGCUGCGGCACGCGGCUGUGAGCGCUGUCGAGAACGCAAACAUCCAGAAGGACCUACCUGCCUGUCCAUCUUCCACUUAGGCCAAGCUUGGGACUCCAGAUACCGCUUGACGGCGUUUGGACGCAGGUCAUCCAAGGAUCCAUGAAUAAAAGAUUGCACAACUGGGAAAAGUCUGCUUCAGAUGAUGGGAUGCAAAAUGAAAUCUCUUGCUUUGGUUUUUUGUUUGUCCUUCCACCAGUCUCUCCGGACGAUGGAAGAAUACACUAUGAUACACGUGUUUAUGCUUGUUUGUUUGUUUGUUUGUUUGUGUGGUGAGGUGGGAGGAGAAAUCCCGCCCGCCGCCCAUGUCAGGUCCAGUUCCCCCCAAUUUUCUACUUUUUCAAACAUCUAUAUUCAUACACAGGACAUCGUCUUGGAAACAGAUAGUGUGAAAGAGAGAAGCAGCCUCGUGUAGAAUCGUGUCCCCCAGGCGUGACCAAACAUCUGCUCUUUUUUAUUUUUCAAAGACACCGCCCCCGGAGUCAUCAGAAACGCCUUUUUUUUCUCCCUCUUGACAGUGAGAAAAACAAAUAAAAAGGACAAACGCCGUCGCAAUAUGCAAUCCAGGAAUUAUCUGUGCAAUGUAGCCCCUGCUCGCCAACUCCCCUCUCUCCCUGCUUUUUUAUCUCCACAGGCCUUUUUGCUAUGUUUUGUUGCGGUUUUUCUCCU